UACAUGGAUGAGGCGUAGCUAAAUAUAUACAACGACGACUAUUUCCAUAUAACUAUAUGAAGAUCGAGUUGAGUCCCCUGGCGCCUAUCUGGCGGCUGAGGAUUCAACAGAAUACGUCGUGGUCUCUCCAUUCAGUCGCGUUGGACGAGUCAAGAAGGAAGCUUCAUCUCUGCCUCUCUCCUCACUCAUCAUCAUCAACGUUCUCCAGAAACAAUCGGUCGAGUUUUCCAAAUUUCCGAUCUGUAAUUCCAGAAAGUGGCAAGAACCCAUACUUGUCAUUACAGGUAUACGAGGUUUAUUUCACAAAAUGAAUACUUCUGGAGGGAGCAAGAGGAGCCAUGAUAGUAGCAGUCCGGAGGAGGGAGAAGAACGUGGCGUGGCAAGAGGUCGGUCACGCCCAAGGAGCGUAACAGGCGGUCCGCAGGCCGUACAACUUCGCCCAGUGGACCCAUAUGCACCUCCCCCUAUGGAGAUCGAGCCUGGGGACCAAUAUCAAAGACUUGCCGGCGAUCCCGGAUUUCAACAACUAGUAUCCGAAUAUCGAAGCGGUAACGGCAGUAGCAAUGGGAAUGGUAGCAGUAACGGGAACAACGGGAAUGGAAGUGAAGAUGGACGUGCCGGCUCUUCCAGCCCUGAAGAAGAGACUUUUGCCAGGGGACGGGGUCGCGGAGGUCGCGGAAGAGAUGAGCCCAUGCCCCGACAAGAAAGAGGGGUCCAAAGGCAACAUGAAUCUCGUUUCGGACGAGGAUUUGAAGAACUUCGUACCCGAGCUGAAGGCUUGGAUAAACAAGGAAAAUCUGGAACUGCCCAAAGGUUUUUCGUAAACUACUUUCAGUUGCAGAUGAAGAAAACUAUUGAAUUUCGCCUGUAUCUGGUCACAUUUGAUCCGGAGAUUGACCACAUCCCUAAACGAAAAGCUUUGGUGAGGAUGCGGGAAUCAGAUAUAGGACCAUAUCUCUUCGAAGGAACUCAAUUGUUCACAACAAGAAUUAUUCCAAUCGAAAACUUAAGAUUCGAAGCUUCUUUCCCAGACAAACCUGAGGAAGUUUGGACUGUUAACAUCGACUUUAUCCGGCAAUGUGACCGCAGGGAGCCUGUCGUCACCCAACUGUAUAACGUCCUCGUUAAGAAGGCUCAAGAGAAGCUGUCCCUUACACUGCUAGGUCGCUACUAUUUCGACUCUGAACAGAAGAUCCACAUUGCUCAACAUCGUCUCCAGCUCUGGCCCGGCUUUGUCACCUCUAUCCGGCAGAUGGAACGCGACGUCUACCUGAACGUAGAUUUGACCUUCAAGGUUUGUCGGACUGAGACGGUUUAUGCUCUAAUGACAGCAAUGCGAGAGAGGUCAUCGGGAAAUUUUAAACCGGCAAUCGAAGCCGCCGUAAUUGGAACCGUCGUAAUGACGGCAUACAACAAAAGAACCUAUAAAAUCACCGGCAUCAAGUGGGACCUCCGACCCACCCACUCUUUUACUGUGAGUCGUGGAGGCAUUGAAACUCAAAUUACAUUCAUGGAAUACUUUGAGAAAAAAGGGAUCCGACUUCACCCCGCACAACCAAUGCUAGUGUCCAGCCCGACGAAACGUGACAUUCGCCGAGGCGACACCGGGGACAAGAUUCUUCCUCCCGAGAUCUGCUAUCAGACCGGAUUGAAUGACGAGAUGAGGGCUAAUUUCAGGUUGAUGAAGGAUUUAUCUGGACACUUGCAUAUGCAACCACAACAAAGGAUUCAGCAAACUGUCCAGUUUGUUCGCCGGAUGAUUGAAAGUAAUGAUGUAACUUCCGAAUUGCUGGCCUGGGGAAUGCGAAUGCAAGGCGUUCCGUGUGAAGUUCCAGGACGCCUACUGGACCAGGAAGCCCUACGUUUUAAAACUGGCACGGCUAUUUCUGGCGAAGCAGCAGACUGGACAAUGGCAUUUAGAACAAAUCAAAUGCUGUUGGCCAAACCACUUCGAAGAUGGGCAAUUUUGUAUCCUAGCAGAGAUGCAGAGGGGAUUGAUAACCUCUUGAGAACAAUGGAUCGGGUUGGUCGGCCGCUUGGAUUCCCAGUCGGCAAUCCUAUCCAGGCUCGGGUAAAUCCACCUAACGAGUCCGGAUACACAAAGGAGAUAGACCGUGUGGUUGCUGAAAAUCGAGGACAACUCGAUAUGAUUAUGGUUAUCCUACCCUCUCCCAACCUAUCCGUAUAUGCAGCAGUAAAGAAAGCCUGCUCGCUGAAUUACGGGAUCCCGUCGCAAUGCUUUCUAUCAAAGAACGUUGCCAGCAAGGGACUCAUGUCCAUCAGCACAAAGUUGGUCAUUCAAAUGAAUGCCAAGUUGGGUGGGCAACCCUGGGGCCUAGCUAAUCCCCUCAAAGGGUUGAUGGUAAUUGGAUUUGAUGUGCACCAUGGAGGUGGACGAAGUUAUGGUGCUAUGACGGCAACGACCUCACAAAAUUUGGCGUCGUACUUCUCAACUGUUCUAACUUUAUCGCCGGGUCUUGAAAUGGCAGGAGAAAUAGGAUUGUCAUUGCGAAAGUGUCUGCAGGCGUAUCGAGUCCGGAACGAAGGAGAGCUACCCACUCGCAUCAUGUUUUACCGAGAUGGAGUGGGUGAGGGGCAACUUCGAUACGUGGUGGAGACUGAACUAGUGGCACUGCAGAGCUCAAUAGCUGACUAUUACGCGAAUGUUGGAGAACCAAAAUUCUCAAUGGUCAUUGUGACAAAGAGGAUCAAUACCCGAAUCUUCCUGGCUUUGGGAAAAGAUAACAGGGUCUCUAAUCCUAGCCCCGGAUCUAUCGUUGAUGAUGUUAUUACCUGUCCUGAGAAAUAUGAUUUCUACCUGGUGCCACAGUCGGCUCGACAGGGCACGGUCUCACCCGUUGGUUUUAAUAUUAUCCACGAUACUUCCGGGCUUGAUGCUGAUAAGAUGCAGCGCUUUGCGUUUAAACUCUGUCAUGGAUACUUCAACUGGAGUGGAACAGUUGCUGUCCCUGCGCCUUGCCAGUAUGCUCACAAACUGGCAUUUUUAACCGGCACUGCCCUCCUUAACGAGACCCAUGACGCUCUACUCAAUAACUUGCAUUAUUUGUAGACUGCAAACUAAAGUUUUUCAACUUUAAAAAAAUACUUUUAAAUUCUAGACUAUAAUACCGAUAAUCUUUAGAACUAUGACUUAUAAUUUGUAGCUACUGCAAAUCAAACUGUUUUUAUAUUUGAAUUUUAUUUUCUUACAUUGUCUAAAUUUUCUUAUGAUACUACUUCACUUUUGAAGAAAACGAUUUUUGGGCGUCUUCCACCCGGAUAUAAAUGUAGAUUUUUAUUUUAUAUUACAACUUCCGAAAUAACUUUUGCGAUACAAAUAGUAAUUACUUGAUUAUUUAAUAGUAUGAUCUCCUACCAUAAGAUUAUAUUACCAAAAACUGGUGAUUUUUUGUUUAUUUACAACCGUUAAAUAACUUUACAGUGCAAAAUUGUAAGCUUUCCAGUUCUUGAAAUUAGUUGAUUAUCUUUAAUUGUUGUACCUUGUUCGUUAUAUGUGUUUUAACUCAUUGACGAAAUAAAAACCUAAACUAUACGCUCCUUUAAA